AUGAGAAACAACGAGACGUGGAUCACAGAGGUCACUCUACUGGGAUUCCAAGCUGAUCCGGCUGUGGAAGGGUUCCUCUUUGUGCUUUUCUCUCUUUUUUAUUCCUUUACCCUUUGGGGGAAUGGGGUUAUCCUUGCAAUAAUAUGCCUGGACCACAGACUUCACACCCCCAUGUACUUCUUCCUCUCCCACCUGGCCAUUGUUGACAUGUCUUAUGCUUCCAACAAUGUCCCCAAGAUGCUGGCCAAUCUUGUGAUUCAAAGAAAAACCAUCUCCUUUAUACCAUGCAUAAUGCAAACAUUCUUGUAUUUGGCUUUUGCUCACAUAGAGUGCCUGAUUUUAGUUGUGAUGUCCUACGAUCGAUUUGUGGCUAUAUGUCACCCCCUACACUACACUGUCACCAUGAGCUGGAGAGUGUGUGCCAUCCUGGCUGCUGUUUCCUGGAUAUUUAGCUUUCUCCUGGCACUGGUCCAUUUAGUUCUCAUCCUGAGGCUGCCCUUCUGUGGGCCUCAUGAAAUCAACCACUUCUUCUGUGAAAUCCUGUCUGUCCUCAAGCUGGCCUGUGCUGACACAACACUCAACCAAGUAGUCAUCUUUGCUGCCUGUGUGUUCAUCUUAGUGGGACCACUGUGCUUGGUUCUGAUCUCCUACACACGCAUCCUGGUGGCCAUCCUGAGGAUCCAGUCAGGGGAGGGCCGCAGAAAGGCCUUCUCCACCUGCUCCUCCCACCUCUGUGUGGUUGGGCUCUUCUUUGGCAGCGCCAUCAUCAUGUACAUGGCCCCCAAGUCCCAGCACCCUGAAACACAGCAGAAGAUCCUUUCUCUGUUUUACAGCCUUUUCAACCCCAUGCUGAACCCCCUGAUCUACACCCUGAGGAACACUGAGGUCAAGGGUGCCCUGAGAAGAGUACUGUGGAAGGAGAGAGUAGCAUGA